GCCAGAAAAAGCUGAGUGGAUCGAUCACUCCAAGGACGUGCCGUGGGACCCGCGAUGGGGCCACUCUGUCAUCACUCAGGCGGAUGACACAGUUUGGCUGUUCUUCGGUUGUUGCGAAAAAGGGAAGCCAACGGUGAUGCUUCGCGACGUGUGGACAUUUAAUCCAAUGAAGGGCAUUGGCUGGAAGCAAGCCGACGCCAAGACUCCCUUUGAGGGCAUCCAAGCAACAUCCGCUGCGCUCACAGGCUCCGACGUGUGGUUCGUGGGCGGAUGGUCGCAGCAGCGCGGCACGCUGUCGCAG